AUGGCAUGCACUGUCCCAACAUGUCAAGCCAUUUUCCAUGGAAAAUGUCUAAACGCAGACGAGAGUGAGUUUGAAGCACUGAGGGCAUUACGAAAAAAUUGGGAAUGCCCGAAAUGUGAAAAGGCACGGAAAAAUAUCCAACCGACAGACAAGUGUCUCAGCCCGCCAAGAUCGGCGCCACAACAACAAACUGUCGACAGCACGUCACAACUGCUACUUGCUGCCAUUAAAAAUUUAACAGAAGAGGUCAAGGGAUUAAAAUUCUCCCUCGAUGCCAAUGCUAACGAGGUAUCCUCCAAAACACCUGACAUCAAAAGAGUGUUCUAUAAUAAGCAGGCUCAGGAUUGGACAUACCAAACUGACCCAUCUCCACCUACUUCUUGGCUUACAUCAACCAACAUGUGA